AUGGAAGGUGCUGGAGAUACUUCCAAUGCUACAGCAAUUUCAGAAAAAGAAGCUAGCUGCAAUAUAAAUGUACAAAACAUAUGCUACACAGUCAGAGAGCGAGCGGGACCAUGGUGGGAAGUACAAUCGUAUUACAACAAAUGGUCAAGGCAGAUUUUAAGGAAUGUGUCCUUUUAUAUGGAAAGCGGUCAGAUUAUGGCAAUAUUAGGAAAUUCUGGCUCUGGAAAGACAACACUUCUGGAUGCUAUCUCUGGAAGGAUAGGAAGCAAAGGCACAUUGCUCGGUGAAGUUUAUGUGAAUGGGUCCCAGCUGAAGAAAGAACAAUUUCAAGAUUGUUUUUCAUAUGUCUUACAGCAUGAUAACUUACUCGCUUACCUGACGGUUCGAGAAACUUUGACCUACACAGCAUUGCUGGCACUUCAGAAACACUCCAAAGAUGCCAUUAAGAAGAAGGUUGAUUCAGUUAUGGCGGAGCUAAGUCUCACUCACUCUGCAGACACAGUAAUAGGAGGACGCAUCUUCAAUGGCAUUUCCAGUGGAGAAAGACGUCGGGUGUCCAUAGCAGCCCAAUUAAUUCAGGACCCCAAAAUAAUUUUACUCGAUGAGCCAACUACCGGUUUGGAUGCAAUGACGGCAAAUCAUAUCGCGUUACUGCUUUCUGAGCUGGCUCGAAAGGACAGGAUAGUGAUUAUUUCCAUUCACCAGCCACGAUCAGAACUGUUCAGAAUUUUUGAUAAGAUUGCUAUCAUGAGUUCUGGGGAGCUUGUUUUCUGUGGUAACCCCGAAGAAAUGAUCACAUUUUUUGACGAAUGUGGAUAUGAGUGUCCUGAACACUCCAACCCAUUUGAUUUUUUUGUGGAUGUUACAUCUGUUGACACCAGAACAAAAGAACGUGAAAUGGAGACAUACAGCAGGGUGCACACCAUAGGUGCAGCAUACAGGGACUCCAGCCAGUUCCAAAACACCUUGGAGCUUAUGGAGGCAUCAAAGGCUGCUAAAGUGAAGCAGAUCAUCCCAUUCAAAACAAAAGAAGCCCCAAAUGAGUUGUCAAAGCUUUUUGUCUUGUUGAGGCGAACAGUACGAAAUCUUUCCAGGAACAAAUCUGGGAUAAUUAUGCGCCUCUCUCAGAAUUUUAUAUUUGGCCUCUUCAUUGUCUUUUUCCUCCUUCGAUUUAAGAAUGAUGUUUUGGAUGGAGCCAUACAGGACAGAAUUGGGGUCUUUUACCAGUGUGUGGGUGGAACAUCAUACACAGGUCUCCUUAAUGCUGUUGCUUUAUUCCCAGCCCUGCGUGCCAUUGGCGACCAGGAAAGCAAGGAUGGUUUAUACCAAAAGUGGCAAAUGCUUCUAGCUUACAUCAUCCACAUUGUGCCAAUCAGCUUUCUCAGCGUGGUAAUAUUUGGAGCUUGUAUGUACUGGACUAUAGGACUAAACCCAGAGCUGACACGGUUUGGAUGUUUCAUUGCAAUCACCCUACCUCCACACCUCAUGGGGGAACUGCUCGCUCUUGCAGUUCUUGGUUUGGUGAAUAAUCCCAACAUUGUCAAUGCUGGAGUGGCUCUGCUGAACAUUGCUGGGAUCCUUGUGGGGGCAGGACUUCUAAGGAGUUUACAAGAAAUGCCUCGGGUUUUUCAACUAUUAAGUUACAUUACAUACCAGAGGUAUUGCUGUGAAUUAUUGAUAGUCAAUGAGUUCUACGACCUGAAUUUCACUUGUGGCGGUUCAAGUAACUUAACUGGACCCACAUCACAAUGUCCGUACACUAAUGGCAAUGACUUCAUUGAAAGCAUCUACCCCGGAGCCAUUUCCAGGACCACAUUUGACUUUCUAAUGCUUUAUGCCUUUGUCCCUGCAAUGAUCAUUGGCUGCGUCAUAAGUUUUAAAUUUAGAGACAUUCUGAUGCGAAGAUAG